CAAGAGAAAAGUUUCUGUUACAAACACAAGAAAGUUCUUUCCAUAGUCCUCCCUCCUCAAACCUACUGAGCUGCAAAUAUUUCUCACCUGCAAUACAUUUAGACUAGAAACACGAUGACCCAGACGAUGGCCAUUCUGCUGCUCUUCCUUGUGGUAAUGAUUGCAGUGCCUGUGUUGGGACGCUGUCCACCCCCUGAUUAUGAGAUACGCUAUCAGAAGUUCUUAAGACAGCAUUACCAUAGAGGAGGCAUGAGUGUCAAAGACUGCAACACUGCAAUGAGUCAACGGUGCUUGAAUAAGCCCUGCAAGGAGAUGAACAGCUUCAUCCUCGAUGCCACAACAAACCAGAUUCAAGAUGUCUGUGACAAAGCGGGCACGCCCCUGGGUGAGGGCAACCUGCGCCAAAGCACACAACCUUUCCAAGUUGUCACCUGCAAGCACUCAGGGGGGUCCAGUCGCCCCCCUUGUCAAUACAAGGGGUCCAAAAGCACCAGAUACAUUGUCAUCGGCUGUGAUGCAGAUAAAUUCCCUGUGCACUUUGAGGAGGGUAUUAUUCCAGAAUAGGAUUCCGGGUUAGCCUGUUGUCUGCUUUAUUCUGAUCAGUAAAGCCAUUUAAAAAUCCCUAACCUUCUCCUUCCAUUGUAUUUAGGUGAUUUAAUGUAUGCAGCUCUGUGAAGGGGCAGUGUAUAACCCGAUGUUCCCCUCUAACAUGCUUUUGUCAGAGAAACAUAAAUCCUUCUUGACACCAUAUAGUUUAAAAUAUUGUAUAUGCAGUCGGCUCCAAUGUGUUUGUAGAGUAGUGGGUGGAUCAUUCCCUCUAAACAACUAUCAGGUAGAAGAGACAUCUUUGGAGUUACCAAUCACUUUUUAAGAAUUGAAAAUCAAUGUUAUGAUGAAGGAAGACUUUCUUAUAUUAAUGCAAAAGCUCUCAAAUUGUUAAAAAAUAACUGGCUUGUGCUCUCUACUUAAAAUAAUGAACCUCAGUGGAUCCCAGCAAGUGACACAGCAAGACCCAAAACAGCUGGGUUUGAAUGUGUUGGGCACAAGGGAUCAUACUGGUUUCCAUCUACAUUGAGCUCAAAAUUAUUUCUAGUUGAGACUGUGGAUAAGACAAUAAUUUUGGAGGGUGAGAGGAGUGAUUGAAGUUACAAUGAAAAAUUGAGGUGCUAGGGCAGUGCUUUUUUAAAAUAUGAUUGUUUGAAUUAUUCUUUAAUGUACUACCUACUGUACUGUCUAGAAAUACUAGCAUAUCAUAGAAUACAUAACAAUAAAUAUACUAUCACAUUGUUGCAAAUUGGCAACUCCCGUUACAGAAAUAAACCAUUCUGUGAUUCUGUGAAAAAUCAAAUUGUCCAGGGU